UUUUGCUGCCAAAUCAACUUUUCUUGGUCAAGAAUGUUGGGGCGGGGUGGGAGACCAGCCUUCUUCAUGUGGUUCAUUUUUCUACUUUACUUUAAGGCAUGUUUGGAGAAAAAGGCUCUGUGUGGAAGAGCAAAUGCUUCUUGCUGGCAACAUCACUAAAAGCAGUCAUUUAAGUCUCAGUUUCUGACAAACCACACAGAGAUGUUCUGUCCUGGCUCCCAUUCCACAAGUUCAAACCCAACUUAACCGAGUAUAGACGGUAGGAGCAGCCAGUUAGCUAGAACCUAUCUGAGGCUCAGGAGAGAUGAUAAUUUAUUAACAAAAUAAUGAUGGCCCCUCAGCAGUACUACAUUACUGUAUCUCCCACCUGCACCUCCUGUAACCCGCGCUUAUGUCUUUUAGCAAUGGAGACAAUCUUACAUACUCCCACCAGAGUCCUUCAGUGUUGCCUCUAGAAGCCUUCUUCAGUAUACAUAUGUCAUGUUGCAUAUCAGUGGGGGCCGUCUCCAACAACAGCAACAAAAUGAAUAUCAUUCUUCUACAAGUAAAAUAAUGCAAUUGAAUAUUUGGGGUGGGGAGAUCACUUUGUUGUGAUUCUCUAACACACACACACACACACACACACACACACACACCUAUUAACAGGCAUAACUGCAUUGACCUCAAUGAGAUUUCCUUUUCCUACGAUCUCAGUUCUGGACUGUACAGCUCUUUCAACAAAGUGGAGUAGAAAUAAGUUUAAAAACAGAAAUAACUAGGCUGCGAAAUGUUUCUGGAAGAUAAGUCUUCCUGUGAGAGACUGGCCACAGGAGGUUUUUAAAGGGACACAAGUCAGCUGUGUCCUUCUCAGAGAAGUGAACAGGUCUCAAAGAAAUGAGCGGUUCCCAAGAACAAAGGGCAAGGAAUGUGAUCCUCGGAUUUUAAAUAUGAGAAAAGCUGUCCUUUCUGAAAAAUUGCAACAGAAAAUGUAAUGGCAGGAAAUUCACUACACUCUCCCUCAUGUGUUACUAAAUUCCAAAAGUAAAAAGGUAUCUGUGCCUAAAAUGUACGUAAAUAAUGUGCUGUCUCGUGAUCCUCCCUACAGCCUGUCUGGGGACUCUUUAACUAUCCAUGGCUCUUAGAGAAAAGAAGCAAAGUACCAGAGGGAUUGCAGAAGUGUCUGACAGUCAGCCUUCACACCAAAGCUCGGUGGAUGGCGUGGCAGAGAAGAGAAGACAGACCACCGCUCAACUCCAUGAAAGGUAUAUCAUCUGAAAAUGAAAAUUAUAAUUCUUCUUGGACUCAUCGGAGCUACAUCGUCAGCCCCGCUUAUAACACAGCGUCUAUUGUCUGCUAGCAACAGCCAUGAGUUACUCCUGAAUCUUAAUAAUGGUCAACUUUUGCCACUGCAAUUUCAGAGCGCCUUCAACUCCUGGAUUCCUCCCUUCCCUGGGCUUCUACAGCAGCAACAGCAGCAGGCUCAGGUCUCAGGACGCCCACAGUUUCCUCUCUCAACACUAGAGAGCUUUGCUGGGCUAUUCCCAAAUCAGAUACCUUUCUCAAGACAGGUUGGGUUUGCCCAAGGAGGUCAGGCUGGCCAGCCAGACUUCUCACAGCAGCAGACACCAUCUCAGACCCAGCAGGCUAAUCCUAUGUCCUAUGUGGUUCCUGUAAAAGUGCCUCAAGAUCAAACACAGAUGUUUCAGUACUACCCAGUUUACAUGCUUCUGCCCUGGGAGCAACCACAGCAGACAGUCACAUCCUCUCCCCAGCAGACAGGGCAGCAGCUAUACGAGGAACAGAUACCAUUCUAUAAUCAAUUUGGAUUUGUACCACAACAAGCAGAACCUGGUGUACCAGGAGGACAGCAGCACUUAGUUCUUGACAGCUUUGUAGGCACAGCUCCAGAAACUCCUGGAAUGCCAGCAGUAGAAGGCCCGCUGUAUCCACAAAAAGAACCAAUCGGCUUUAAGCAAGAUAAUGUAGGCGUUUCCACGCCCUCAACUUCACCAAAACCCGACACGGGCAAUUUUUUCACUUCUGAAAUAAACCCGACGAUUGCUCCACUGCUUCCAGAACAGAAGGUCAAUGCUGAUAGCCUAAGAGAACCAUAAGACUUUGUUUACAUCACUCAGAAGUUUUGGAAGAAGAUGAGAUGGUACCUUGGCGUCUUUUAAAGAUUAUUGUCUUCUUAUAUGCUAAUAGAAGUUUGUUUAAUGAUAUAAAGCCUCUUCACUGAUCUCAUUUUUCUUUACUUAAAAAAGAUAUACUAUUGAUGUCACAAAAAAUAAUGUAUCAUGGAAAAAUCCUAUCUUUAUAAUGUUGUCAUUUCCCCAAAGAUUAUGGGGUUAUAUAAUCUGGAAAAUGACAAGCACUAAAAAUAAAGCAUAUUUAACCAAAAAAAAAAAAAAAA